UUAUGAUUUUGACGGAAUUGACAGAAGUGCUAGAUUUAGCAGUCUGACCUAUUUAUCUUAGAAUUUCGGGAAUAUAUUUGGUUGUUAUGAAGUCAUAUUGGGCUUGUUUUGAGCUGUUACCCAUUUAAUCUGUUACAAUGGGUAAAAAGGACAAAGGAGAUCGGGAGAAAAAGUCCAAGAAGCGUUUCUAUGAGGAAGACGAUGAUGAAGACGACGUGGGGGGAAGCGAGUCUCAAGAGGCGAUACCUGCUGCUGCGGGGAAACAAGUGGACGAGUCGGCUACAAAACUGGAUGAAUAUGGAGCCAAAGACUAUCGUGCUCAGAUGCUGUUAAAGAAUGACCACUCCUCACGUCCGCUCUGGGUGGCUCCAGAUGGACACAUCUUUCUGGAAGCCUUUUCACCGGUGUAUAAGUAUGCCCAGGAUUUCUUGGUGGCCAUUGCAGAACCAGUGUGCAGGCCUAACCAUAUUCAUGAGUACAAGCUGACUGCCUACUCCCUAUAUGCAGCUGUCAGUGUGGGGCUACAGACCUCUGAUAUUGUGGAGUACCUGCAGAAACUCAGCAAGACGUCUGUGCCUGAUGGAAUCGUGCAGUUCAUUAAGCUCUGCACAGUGAGCUAUGGGAAAGUCAAGCUGGUGCUCAAGCACAAUAGGUAUUUUGUUGAGAGUGCCUUCCCUGAUGUGAUCCAGCGACUUCUGCAAGACAACGUGAUCCGUGAAUGUCGUCUCCGUGCUGCAGAUGGAACAGACCCCGAGCUCAUUACUGAAGUCAUCCACAGCAAGUCAGCGAUUUCUAAGUCUGUUCAGGAAAAGGGAGGCACUUCCAGCUCACAGCAGCCCAGUGAUGGGCAAACCUCAACUCAGCAGGUCCCUGAGGACAUCUUCAGUUACUAUGAGCAGAUGGAUAAAGAGGAGGAGGAGGAGGAGGAGACUCAGACAGUGUCGUUUGAAAUUCGGCAGGAGAUGAUCGAAGAGCUGCAGAAGCGCUGUAUUCAGCUGGAGUACCCCCUCUUAGCGGAGUACGACUUCCGCAAUGACACAGUCAACCCCGACAUCAACAUUGACCUGAAGCCUACGGCUGUGUUGAGACCUUAUCAGGAAAAAAGUCUACGUAAAAUGUUUGGAAAUGGCCGCGCCCGCUCAGGAGUCAUCGUGUUGCCGUGUGGAGCUGGCAAAUCCCUGGUCGGGGUGACAGCGGCCUGCACAGUACGUAAGCGCUGCCUGGUUCUGGGUAAUUCCUCUGUAUCAGUGGAGCAGUGGAAGUCCCAGUUCAAGAUGUGGUCCACUAUUGAUGACUCUCAGAUCUGCCGUUUCACUUCUGAUGCUAAGGACAAACCUAUUGGCUGCUCGGUGGCCAUCAGCACUUACUCUAUGCUGGGUCACACCACCAAGCGCUCCUGGGAGGCUGAAAGAGUCAUGGAGUGGAUGAGGAGCCAAGAGUGGGGACUCAUCAUAUUGGAUGAAGUUCACACCAUCCCUGCAAGGAUGUUUCGUCGUGUCCUGACAAUUGUCCAGGCCCACUGCAAACUUGGCCUCACUGCCACAUUGGUCAGAGAAGAUGAUAAGAUUGUGGACCUCAACUUCCUAAUUGGGCCCAAGCUAUACGAGGCCAACUGGAUGGAACUGCAGAACAAUGGCUACAUUGCUAAAGUUCAGUGUGCAGAGGUGUGGUGCCCGAUGUCUCCGGAGUUUUACAGAGAGUACGUUGCCAUUAAGACAAAGAAGCGCAUCCUGCUUUAUACGAUGAACCCCAAUAAGUUCCGUGCUUGCCAAUUUCUCAUUCGCUUCCACGAACGUCGGAAUGACAAAAUCAUUGUGUUUGCUGACAACGUGUUUGCCUUGAAGGAAUACGCCAUCCGUCUCAACAAGCCUUAUAUCUAUGGUCCGACCUCUCAGGGGGAACGAAUGCAGAUUUUACAGAAUUUCAAACACAACCCAAAGAUCAACACUAUUUUCAUCUCAAAGGUUGGAGACACUUCCUUUGACUUGCCAGAAGCCAAUGUGCUGAUCCAGAUCUCCUCCCAUGGCGGGUCACGCCGACAGGAGGCACAGAGGCUUGGGAGAGUCUUGAGAGCCAAAAAAGGAAUGGUAGCAGAGGAGUACAAUGCAUACUUCUAUUCACUAGUGUCCCAGGAUACCCAGGAGAUGGCUUACUCCACCAAGAGACAGAGGUUCCUCGUGGACCAGGGAUACAGCUUUAAGGUAAUCACAAAGUUGGCAGGUAUGGAGGAAGAGGACUUGAUGUUCUCCACCAGAGAUGAGCAGCAGCAGCUGCUUCAGAAGGUCCUCGCUGCUUCAGACUUGGAUGCUGAGGAGGAAGUGGUGGCAGGAGAGGUGGGCACACGACCUCAGGUUUCAAGGCGAACAGGUACCAUGAGCUCCAUGUCUGGUGCUGAUGACACCAUCUACAUGGAAUAUCAGAGCCGAAGCAGCAAAGCCCUAGCAGCAAGCAAGAGCGUUCAUCCACUAUUCAAGCGCUUCAGAAAGUAGAUCUACAUGCUUGAAACCUUGAUAACUUCAAAAGGACAAUGUUGGGGGGGGGGGGGUGUAUUGAACAGCAGGUUUGUAGUCCUGCUGAACAGAGCAAUGAUUGGAGAUAACCUGUGGCUUAAGUGCUAAAGCGUUUAAAUGUCUGUAAAUUGGAUGAGCUCAUGGCUACUUACUGUAGAUAUGGCUACUUAUAUGACGCAAAAAUCACUUUGGUUUUGUAAGCAGCAAAAGAUCAGCUCUUGGUCUUUUGGUGUCUAAAUUAAUAAAUCAUCUUAAGUACUGUUAGAUAAUACAGGUUAUCUAAUAGUAAAAAAUUAGAGUAAUGCUGCAUUGACCUGCUUAAGGUCUGUUUUUAAGUCAUUGCUGUUUAUCAGCAUCACUUUUUGUAAAGUUGGCUACAGUGUCUAUUACUCUGCUCCUGACAGCCAUGCAUACUGAUACAUUUUGUUCUGGCAUUUCCUUCUGUAAAAUGUUAUUAAAUAUCUUUUGUGAAAUAAA